AUGUACAGAGAGUUCUAUGGCUAUAUUGACAAGCUGACCACACCCGUCGCUAUAUUCGUGAGGAACUGCUCGUGUCAAACACUCAAAUGCAGCUCAAGAAUCAAUUGUGAACGCCAAAGCCAAGACAAAAUUUUAUCUGACAGGGAAUCGGGAUUUGCAUUAUUCUCAGAUGCGGGCAAUGAGAUUUCGUUGCCGGACCCACUCAUAAGUGAGGAUCCUCCCUCCCUAGCUGAAGUUAAGGUGGCGAUCUCCAAACAGAAGAGUGAUAGAGCAGCAGGUAUCUGCGGCAUCCCAGUUGAAUUGUUUAAGGCUGUUGGUGAACCCAUGAAACAGAUGGUUUGGUCAUCCCACUCUGGAUUACACUUCACAUUGCUCAGUAUACCAGGAAAAUUUGUCACUCACAUCCUUCUGAGACGUAUCACAGACCAGCUGUUGAGGUACCAGAUGCCAAAGCAAUCUGGAUUCACUCCUGAGCGCCGCCGUGAGUCCGGGCAUGGACUUAUUGCAGGUUACAUCUACCUUAAGGAAGCUUUUGAUACGGUGCAUUGCGAAUCACUCUGGGAGAUCUUGAGACUGAGAGGAAUUCCAAUAAAGAUUAUUGGGAUUAUUGGGCCUGAAUCCCUGCCGAGCGGCUCGCCACGAGGGAUCCCCAUAGAAUAA